UUUAAAUUGAAUUCAGACCGUUUAAUUCACAGAAAACAAAAUGACAAGAAAAUUUCUAGCGAUUUUAUGUACCGAACUGUAUUUUAUAUUGAAUUCACUAGGCUUAGAAAUGACAAUUACAUUCCAAAAUCGUGACAAAUACCUGCCAGGAAGAUCCUUUGUAAACAACACAGCAAACAGCAUCUACCAGUGUAUGGAUAUUUGUUACCGUUUUAAUUACUGUAAGUCCGUUAACUUUGUAAAAGAAUUGCACGUGUGUGUUAUGAACCUAGAAGACACCAGCACACUUUCACUUGUUCCAAUGGUGGGAUCUAUUUACGAGGAAAGACUUCAAUUUCCACAGGACUUGGUUCCUAAAGAUUGUGUCGGUCAUUCCUGUCCUGUAGAGGACCUAUGUGUUGCCAAUGGUACAUGUGCAAACUGGUUAUAUGUAGACUGUGGAGAGCUAGAAGACAAAAAAGCUAUCAUCGAAUACGAGUAUACUGUCGGAUAUGCUGAAGCCAAGUUUCAGUGCAAACGACCCCUACAGGGCCAAAUUGGAAAAGAUACUUUUUAUUGUUUGAUGUCAGGGAAAUGGAGUGGACCAAAUGUUAAAUGUGGUCGUAAGUACUAUCAAUGA